AAAUCUUCUAGCUGACUGUAUGUCUUGCAUUACAUGAUGACAACUACACUUCAGGCUUUCGUGCAGUCCCUGGAUCCCAAAACUCUACCAAAGGUCCUGCAGAUACAAUCUGGAUUUUAUCAUGGAGGUUCCCAUUAUGAGCUCUCUGGAAAUGAAUGUUCCCUUUCAACAGGAGACAUUAUCAAAAUCACAGAGCUAAAAGUCAAGAAAGUCAUAGCAACUUACAAUGAACACAACAAGUUGCCUGCCGCAGAGUUUCCACCUGACUUUCCAGGUUUGUUUACAAUUGUUCCUGAUAAGAAACCAUAUCACUCAAUUGAGGAAAUCGUACAGACACUACAUAUUGGAUCCUUACAGUUUGGCAAGCCAACUCUUUAUAGCCACUCAGAGCUUCUUGUUGGAGAUAUAACUAUCGAUAAAGGCAAAAAUAUCAUAUUCAACUCUGUAGAAGAAAUAAAUGGAGUAAAGUCAGCAUUAUGUAAAGUGACAAUUGAGGGAACAAAUCAUGUAUUUAUGUUACCUCUUUCCCACACUGGAGUGUUUUAUGAAAGCCAGGAUGAAAGAACGUAUACACUCAAAGAGAUUGUGGACUGGAAAAUUCCAACGAACAGGUCUAGAACUGUAAUACUAAAAGAUAUUAUGGGCAAUUGUCAAAAACAUUUCUAUAACGCUUUUAUUAAAGGAAUUAUGGUUCUAAAGCCAGUCUAUGAAGUGAAGGCACUUACACAAUAUGGAGGUUUAUUUAAUCUGUCAUCAGAUCUGGAUGUAGAAGUUCUGGAUAUCACCCAACACUGUGAUUUGAAACUCUUCACCCAACUGUUAAACAUUCAGGAUAUCUUUGAAAAGACCACUAAUGAAUUUCCAUUAGUCGCUGAAAUUCUAGAAGGACCAUCGAAACGUUGCAAGGCAUUAAAAGGAUUAAGGUGUGGCAAAAGAAUCAUUGUUCACAAAAAGUAUCAAGCUGAAAGAAUUAUUGCCUCAGAAUCAAGUAGUGAUAUUACAAAGAGACAUUUCCUUAUUCCUCCCAGCUACAAGGGAAAAUGUAAAAGGCGACCCCGCUUCUUCCCAACUGUCUAUGACUUAAAUAUCGCCAUGAGAGAAAAUGUUGACUUGCAUGUGGUGGCAACAAAAUCAUUUCAUUCAGGACUGAAAGAAUUUUCCUCACUAAAUAUUGGAGACAUUUUACAGGUGAAGAAGUUUAAUUCCUGUGAAGUCCUGUGUGAAGGAACAAAAACUGUUGUAGAUACCCUGGAAUGUAAACAGACAAAAGAUGGGGACUCUGUAAAAGUAAUUCUUCCACUCUAUGUAGAUGGCGGUUUUAGGGAGAUUGUGCAUGAUAGCAAACAGUACUCCCUAUCAGAGCUUUGCAAGAAUUAUCAGCUACCUUUGAAUGUAAAGGUCUCCGUAAGGGACCUGUUUACAGUGGGAGAGGACAUUUUAGCCAACACAUCAGUAUUAAAACUGGAAGAACAGAUUACAGACUCAUACUUGCUUAUUAGUUUAUAUGACAAACCAGAAGAUGUUUGGGAACUUCCAGUAUUCAGACUAAGCAUUUCUUUUCAGGUCAUUGGUCAUUUUAAUGGAAAAGUAUUUUCUCUACCAACAAAAACAAACAUUGAAGAAAUUAAUGAAGAGGAGUAUUACAUGGUAAGAAGAUAUGAAAACCAUGUUCAGCUCCCACCACCACGACCUCCUAAGACUCCAUUGUAUGUGAAUAAAUCAAGGCCAAUAAUUGUGCAAGAGAUCUUCCCAGAAGAAAAAAGUCCUGAAGAAACAUUACACUUAGAAAAUAGCCUGAAAGACAGUUUACAACCAUGCAAUGAAACAGGUUCAUACUGCACAACAAAAACAGCCAGCACAAAAAAAAGUCCCAAGAAUGACUCCAAUGAUGAAGUAGCUCCAACGAUGAAGAAUGGAAAGAACAAUCACAUGAUAGCCCUGGAUGGUAGCGCAUCUAGAUAGACAAACAGAGUAAAAAGAGUAUUAAAUUAUAGCAAAAACAUGCAGUUAAAACGAGUGGAAGCUGCUGUGCUCUAAUAAAAAAAAAAUGAUGCUAGAUAUUGUAAUAUAUACUUUGCAUUGUACUUCACAGCUAGUAAAGAUUGACCAUCUAAUCUAAUCUAUCUAAUCAAUGUGACUUUACAUAAAGUGUGUACUUAAUGGCUUUGAAUCAAAAAACCUUUAUCACUAAUUCCCAGAAAUUAUAGCCUGAAUAAGUGGGUUUGGUAUACAGCUAGACAGACAUGGCAGAUUGUGUAGCUUUCUUUGUGGGUUUUGAUUCUCGACAGGUAUAUUUCCACAGUAUUUACUAAUGUUUCCCUAUGUUUUGCACUUUUCCCUAUGUUUUGCUUUUUUCCAACUGCUUUGAGCAGUGGCGUUUACCAGUGCUCAAAUCAACCACAUUUUUCUGUUUAAACCUUCGGAAAUAUGUUGGGAUUUUCAAAAAUGUUGGGAACACGCCCCCUUUUCGGUGAUCACGCCCCUUUUAUCAAAAGACACACCCUUUUUUCAGGUUUUCUGAGUAAAAUGAAGAGUUGGUAUUUUUUUUUUAUUCUGGCACACAACCCGACAAAACAGGUUGAAUUUACAAUAGUAAAUCAGGGCCCAUAUGUUUCUGUUCACUUUUAAUUUGGUCAAACAAUUCAAUUUAUUCGACUAUACCUGCUAGGACUAGUUUCCACACAUACUAUCCCAUGUCUUUGCUCUAUUGUCCAAGAUGUCACAUGUUUGGAUUUUCUUCAUGCUUUAUCGUUUUACCUAAAAACAUCAUGUCAUCCAGUCUGCAAGCUUGCCACUAUCUCACUUCUAUCUUGUUCCUAGUUUUUAGGGACGUUUAUGCAAAUCUGAUCAACUCUUGCACAAACACUGUUUUCUAUAUAACAGUUUUUUUAGAAAAAUGUAAAAUUUUUUCCAAAGAAACAAAAACGGAAAAAGUUAUGACAUAUCUGGGUUGUAUGAAGGUAUACAAAUUUUUUUGGACAAUAUGAGACAACCUUUGGCUAUCUUGUUAACACCCGAGUAACUUAGUCUAGCAAUUCCCAGGUAGAGAACGGUUGUAGUUUAUGUCGAUGAUUUAUGAUA